GUGACAGCAAAAAUAUAAUGAUGUAGCAUAUCUUGGUGAAUCCCCGAGUGAAGCAAGUGAAUUCAUUGAGCUAGCGCAACUACCAGGUGGUGAAAACACAUGCCCUUAGAUUUUUUUAGAUGAGCAGGAAAAAAGGCCUAGGAAGCAUUUCAGGUGCGAAGGCUGAAGAUGCUAGAUGUAGAAAGAGGGAAGACAUGGAGACUGCUACUAAAAAGAGUGAAGAAUCAGAUACUGAAUCUGAAGAGGAAGAACAAACACAAACUGAAUCAAGCACAAUCAAAAAGCAAGGUCCUGCCAUCAUUAAUCUUGUUCCUCAGUUUGAUUUCGUAUUUGAAUUGUAGUUAUAUGACACUUUGUCUAAUUUGUUAAUCCGGAUGGUUGAUGCAUUUUAUGUCUUUACCUUGCAAACAGGUUAACAGAAUCAGGGAACUUCCACAUAACAGUAAGAUCAUAGCCACUCACACUGACAGUCCAGAUGUACUUAUUUGGGAUGUUGAAGCACAACCAAAUAGACAUGUUGUCCUAGGAGCAAGCGAGUCUCGCCCUGAUCUGAUAUUAACAGGACAUAAGGAAAAUGCAGAAUUUGCGCUUGCCAUGUGUCCAGCAGAACCAUAUGUCCUAUCAAGAGGAAAGGACAAAUCUGUUGUCUUGUGGAGCAUCCAAGACCAUAUAUCUGCCCUUGGAGAUUCCUCGUCUUCUCCUGGAGCAUCUGGCAGCAAGCAGUCUGUUAAAACUGCAAAUGAAAAGGAGAGCCCUAAAGUUGAUCCUAGAGGUAUAUUUCAUGGACAUGACAACACAGUUGAAGAUGUUCAGUUCUGCCCUUCUUCCUGGUAAACAAUGUUCUCUGUUUUUCUGGUUGCCUUCAAAACAACUAUUGGACAUACAUAAACAGACAUGUACUUCAAUUUUUUAGAUGUUCAUUGUUAAAACACGUCUAUUUAUUUAAUGAUGUUAUUGUUAAUUAAACUAG